AGGAGGUCUCGGUAGGCAGAGCCACUUCCGCCCCAGGUACGCUAGGCCGCGGCCUUCGUUCCUCCCAGAAAGAGUCCCUUGGCUGAUUAGUGACCCCCUGCUUGAUGAAGGUGAUCAGAGAGGUCUAAACUGGAAGGCUGUCCUCACACGGAGUGCGUGACUGCAGACACCCACAGCGCAUGUUACUGCUCCUUCCUCUUAGUGACAGCUCCAAGAGCAGCUUUUAAAAGAGAGAAAUGGGGAUCUGGGAGUCAAGAGGCCUGGCUCCCAGGCCCUUCCCUGUUCCUGGCUUGAGUGUUCUCUGACAAUUUUCUUGAGAGGCCAAAUGGCCUAGUGGUUAAUUGCAUGGGCUUAUCCUGCAAACUGCCUCUAUGUGUGUCCUGGUCUGUGGUUUGCAAUCCUCUCUGCACACUGUAGUCAUCUGGGGGAUUUCAUAAAAACUCUUCUUCCACAGAUCCUCAUUUAUAGAGCCUGGACUUGGGUCUGGGCAUUGGUUUUUUUUAAAGCUCCCCAUUGAUACUGGUGAGCUGGCAGCUUAAGAGCCACUGUCCUAGUAACUGAGAACACAGACCCUGGACUAAUAGUCCUGGCCAUUCUGCUAGCUAAAAUGACAAAGCAGCUUAAAAUAUGAAUGCCUCAGUCUUCUCAACUGUAAAAAGAGUUACAAAUUGUCCCAACUUCUUGGGUGGUUGUGGGAUUAAGUGAGGGGAGUUCCUCUAAAGCAUAUGAGUUGGUCUUCUUACCACAUUUUCUGCCUCCUCUCUUGCCCUAGAUACCCACUAACUCUCAUUCUGUUUCAAUAGUCUGAUGACUCCUUUCUCUUUGAGUGGCAAAUAUAGGUCAGUCACCUUCCAACACUAAGAUCAGCCCUCAUUUUCUCCAUCCUCAUCCAUCCUCCGUCAUCAUGUAUGGGUUUGAGGGCCCUUCCAUGCUCUCUCAAAGGACUCCGUGCACCCUCUACCCUGGCAUCUAUCUGGGCACUGUAUCCCUUUUAGAAGGCAAUCCAUAAAUAUUGGAUGAGUGAAAGAAAACUCAGCUCUUUUACUGCUGAUUACGCAGCCAAGUUCAUACUUGUCCUUGGUAGUUGUGCUUACAUCCUGUGGAUUCUACAGCAGAGGCCAGGUGGAGGAGGAGGGAGCAGGUGCCUACUGGAGUAGUGCACCUCUCUUUGAGGUGGUGCUAGAAGGCUCUGCCUUACCCACAGUUCAUGUUCAGUUCCUUUUUUAUUUUUUUCAGUUCUUUCUCUUCCACAGAUAGCCUUAAAGUUGCCUGAGAACAGUAAGUAAAGUAACAAACCUUGAGGAAGAACCAUGAAAUUAAACUCCUGGUGUCCAGUCCUCCCCAGGGUCAAGCACUGAGCUGCUUUUCACAGAGGAGCACACGCAGCCCCACAAACAACCCUGCAGGCUAGGUGUUCUCAUCACCAAUGAGAUUUUGUCAUAUCUAGACAGAGGAUCACAUUUUUGUUUAACAUGAGAAAUGUAGUAGUCUCACAGGUUUCAUGAGUCUUUUGUUGUACCCUGUGGGAAGAGGGAUGUACCACUGAACUUCCCCUGAGCUCAGGAAGAAUAUUUACUAGCCACUGUAUUUUUCAUAAGGGUGGUCUCGAUGUAUAUAGUAUAUACUGUGGCAACAAAAGUAAGAAGCCAGAGCUACAGACAUUCCGAAGUUAAGGGUGACUUUCCCGGGACAGCGCAGUAAUCUCUGCUGUCCAGAUGUCUUACAAAAUACAUUCGCCAGGGCAAUUUUGUGAUACAGAAUGCUAUCUGCAUCUCUAUAGUUGCAAGGAAGUAGAGAUCCCUGAUAUAGUUAUAAUAGGUUUCCUCUAUGCACACAGAUAAUCCUAAUAACAAUCAUAUAUUGUUGGCACUGUGUGGUCUGGAUUUUGCAGAUGACAGAACUGAAACAUUAGAAAGGUUCAUGAAUUUAACCAUGGUUACUCAGCAAGUAUAUAGUAGCACCAGGUUUUGAACGUAGACAUUUUGUCCCCAGAGUCCACUUUUAACCAGUACAUGACAUGCCACUACCUCUCCUUUCCCACCUCUCCCAGAAUCAGAAUGAGCAUGCUGGGAGCUGUAAGGCAUGUGAGGCUACUGGGUACAGCUGUGCAGGUUGCUCCGUGCAUGCGGGCACCCUGCCAGGAGAGCCAAGUGGUAGCUAGAAUCCAACCCAUGCUACCUGCUCCUUAACGCAGGUGUGUGGCCACAUCUGCUGGGGGAAGGGACACCUUUUUCUAAUUUGCACAAAGAUACGUUUCCCUCUUGAUCAUGGCUUCUUUCGUAUUACCCUGUUCUGCCUUCUCAGGUCUCUGCCUUUCUCUAGAAAAAGAAAGAGAAAAAUGACCAAAUUCCAGGAGAUGGUGACAUUCAAGGAUGUUGCUGUGGUCUUCACUGAGGAGGAGCUGGGGCUGCUGGACUCUGUCCAGAGGAAGCUGUACCGAGAUGUGAUGCUGGAGAACUUCAGGAACCUGCUCUUAGUAGCACAUCAGCCCUUCAAGCCAGACCUAAUAUCGCAGCUGGAGAGAGAAGAAAAGCUUUUGAUGGUGGAGACAGAAACCCCAAGAGAUGGAUGUUCAGGAAGGAAGAAUCAACAAAAGAUGGAGAGUAUUCAGGAAGUAACAGUAAGCUACCUUUCCCCCAAAGAGCUUUCCUCCCGUCAGACCUGGCAACAAAGUGCAGGUGGGUUAAUCAGGUGUCAAGAUUUCCUGAAAGUUUUUCAAGGGAAGAAUUCUCAGUUGCAAGAACAAGGUAAUUCCCUCGGCCAGGUUUGGGCAGGAAUACCAGUUCAGAUUUCUGAAGAUGAGAACUAUAUAUUGACUCAUAUAGGGAAUGGCUCCAAUUAUAUAAAAAGUCAAGCGUAUCCAUCUUGGAGGGCACAUCAUUCUUGGAGGAAAAUGUAUCUGAAAGAGUCACAUAAUUAUCAGUGUAGAUGUCAGCAAAUUUCCAUGAAAAAUAAUUUCUGUAAGUGUGACAGUGUCAGUUGGCUCUCACAUCACAAUGAUAAACUGGAAGUACACAGAAAAGAAAACUACAGCUGCCAUGACUGUGGAGAAGAUAUCAUGAAGGUAUCAUUACUUAAUCAGGAGUCAAUUCAAACAGAGGAGAAGCCCUAUCCAUGUACUGGGUAUAGAAAAGCCUUCAGUAAUGACUCCAGCUCUGAAGUUCAUCAGCAGUUCCACUUGGAAGGGAAGCCCUAUACAUACAGUUCAUGUGGAAAGGGCUGUAGUUAUAGUUCACUUCUUCAUAUUCAUCAAAAUAUUGAGGGAGAAGAUGAUAUUGAGAAUUCACAUCUGAAAUCCUAUCAGAGAGUGCAUACAGAGGAGAAACCAUGCAAAUGUGGUGAAUAUGGUGAGAACUUCAAUCACUGGUCCCCUCUUAACACUUAUGAACUUAACCACACAGGUGAGAUGUCCUAUAGGCGCAACAUUUAUGAGAAAGCCUUCAGUCAUAGCUUAGACCUUAAUAGUAUUUUUAGGGUCCAUACUAGGGAUGAACCCCAUGAAUAUGAGGAAAAUGAGAAUGUCUUUAAUCAGAGUUCAUGUCUUCAAGUCCAUCAAAAAAUCCACACUGAAGAGAAACUAUACACAGAUAUAGAGUAUGGAAAGAGUUUCAUUUGUAGUUCAAAUCUUGACAUUCAGCAUAGGGUUCAUAUGGAAGAGAAUUCAUAUAAUUCUGAGGAGUGUGGUAAUGGCUUCAGUCUGGCCUCACAUUUUCAAGACCUUCAGAUAAUCCACACUAAGGAACAACCAUAUAAACGCUAUAUGUGUAGUAACAGCUUCAGCCAUAAUUUAUAUCUUCAAGGUCAUCCAAAAAUUCACAUUGGAGAGAAACCGCGUAAGGAGUGUGGGAAUGGCUUCAACUGGAGCUCAAAACUUAAAGAUCAUCAGAGAGUCCACACUGGACAGAAGCCAUACAAAUGCAAUAUAUGUGGCAAAGGUUUCAAUCAUAGAUCAGUUCUGAAUGUUCAUCAGAGAGUCCACACAGGAGAGAAACCUUAUAAAUGUGAGGAAUGUGAUAAGGGAUUCAGUCGGAGUUCAUAUCUUCAAGCCCAUCAGAGAGUCCACACUGGAGAAAAACCUUAUAAAUGUGAGGAAUGUGGGAAGGGGUUCAGUCGAAAUUCAUACCUUCAAGGCCAUCAGAGAGUUCACACUGGAGAAAAACCAUACAAGUGUGAGGAGUGUGGGAAGGGCUUCAGUCGGAGUUCACACCUUCAAGGCCAUCAGAGGGUCCACACUGGAGAAAAACCAUUCAAAUGUGAGGAGUGUGGGAAGGGGUUCAGUUGGAGCUUUAAUCUUCAAAUUCAUCAGAGGGUUCACACAGGAGAAAAACCCUAUAAAUGUGAAGAAUGUGGUAAAGGCUUCAGUAAGGCCUCAACACUUUUGGCCCAUCAGAGGGUCCACACGGGAGAGAAGCCAUACCAAUGUGAUGAGUGUGGUAAGAGUUUCAGUCAGAGAUCAUACCUUCAGAGUCAUCAGAGUGUCCAUUCUGGAGAAAGACCAUAUAUAUGUGAGGUAUGUGGAAAGGGCUUCAGUCAGAGAGCAUAUCUUCAAGGUCAUCAGAGAGUCCACACUAGAGUGAAACCGUAUAAGUGUGAGAUGUGUGGGAAGGGCUUUAGUCAGAGUUCGCGCCUUGAAGCACACCGGAGGGUUCACACAGGAGGGAAACCAUACAAAUGUGAGGUGUGUACAAAGGGUUUCAGUGAGAGUUCACGCCUUCAAGCACACCAAAGGGUUCAUGCGGAAGGGAGACCCUAUAAAUGUGAACAGUGUGGUAAGGGUUUCAGUGGGUAUUCAAGUCUUCAAGCCCAUCACAGGGUCCACACAGGAGAGAAACCGUACAAAUGUGAGGUAUGUGGAAAGGGCUUCAGUCAGAGAUCAAAUCUUCAGGCUCACCAGAGAGUCCACACAGGAGAGAAACCAUACAAAUGUGAUGCAUGUGGUAAGGGUUUCCGUUGGAGCUCAGGUCUUCUCAUUCAUCAAAGAGUGCAUAGUAGUGAUAAAUUCUAUAAAAGCGAAGACUAUGGUAAGGACUACCCUUCAUCAGAGAAUCUACACAGAAAUGAAGAUUCUGUUUUGUUUUGAAGUCUUCAAAUGGGAGCUGAAAUUUUCCAGUCACUAGAGUUCUUUCAGUAGAAAAAGAAUUUUUAAAAAUUAAAAUGUAAUGUUUCUGCCCAACUCCAACAUUCAUAAUGGCCAGGAGACCACACAACAGAGACAUUUAAUGAGAGGGGUUUCACGAGGGAUUUUGUUAGAACUUUAACAUCAGUCAUUGCACAGGAGCUAAGGCUUAUAAAAUAUGAGUAUGGUCAGGAAUUUAAUAAAAGUACAGUGAUGAGCAUGCCUAAAUCCAUGUUCUCUAGAAUUUAAGCUUGGUAAGAGAAGGGACUUUGUUCAUUGCUAGUCUGCAAAACUAGGACAUUUCAUAAUGCAAUGUAGGUGCUCAGUACUUUUUGCUAAAUAACUAAAAGUAUGUAAAGGUAAAAGGUUUGAAAUUUUUAAGCGCAUUUUUUAAAACUUAAAAUGUAUUUGGAGGAGAAAUCCUGCAAGUAAUCUUAAUAAAAUCAUUUCAAGUAAAUAUUUGAAAUGUAGAACAAUAAGCAUUAUGAUGAUCUGAAAUAACAUUAAUUUGGUUGUAACCCUAUUAGGGUUAGUUCCCACCCUUUGUUCCAUCUUGAGCAGAGAUGUGCUGCAUUUCUUAACGUUUGAUCUCUAUACAUUAUACCAUCUGCUGAAGUUUAGCUUUGUGUCUGUGUAUAUGUACACAUGUGUGCACUUUAAAUAUCAGUACAAACUGAUAAACAAUGUUUCUGGUUAAUGUUGCAAAAAUGGAACACUGUAUUUUACAUAAUUGAUUUUCUACUCCUGCCCUGUGAAUUAAGGCAGAGUUUUACUGUAAUAUUUGCAAGUAUCCAUAAUGGUUACUGAUGACAAAUACUUUUUAAUAAAUGUCAAAAUCACAA